AGGUAUACCAUUAAACUCACAUAUUUCAGGUCCAUCAUGUCGUCUGCGGAAGGAUCCAUUUUCCAAUUAGAACAAGAUGAGGAACUACGCAUUGAAGUGGAUUGCCCCAAAAACGAGGUGGUCACCGUCGAGCUCCGCACGGGCAUGGCGGAAAUAUUUGGCACAGAAAUGGUGCCAAACAAUCAAUACCGAUUUCAUACCGGCGCCAAAAUUGCCAUCUUCACCUUCCAAGGCUGCACCAUUGUGGUGAGGGGAAAGAUGGAUAUUCAACCGUAUACGAGCAAAGAGACCCCGAUGAUCAUGUAUUUGAACGCUCACGCUGCCUUGGAAGACAUGAGGAAGGCUGCGGAAAAUGACACGGCCAACCAGAAAGAGAAUGGAAAUCGAGGACCUGUGGUCAUGGUGGUGGGCCCGUCUGAUGUGGGAAAGUCGACCCUCUGCCGCUUGUUGGCGAAUUAUGCCGUGCGCAUGGGACGACGACCCAUUAGUGUAGAUUUGGAUGUCGGGCAAGGGGCAAUCUCGGUACCUGGAUCAAUCGGAGCUAUUUUGAUUGAACGACCCGCUUCCAUCGAAGAGGGGUUUUCUCAAAACGCCCCCUUGGUCUACCAUUAUGGACAUAAGACCCCCGGUCACAAUUCCCCUUUGUAUAAUCGUCUGGUUUCGAGAAUGGCUGACGUAGUUAGAGAGCGGUUGAGUGCCAACAAAAAAUCUGAGGCCUCAGGAGUGAUUAUUAACACUUGUGGAUGGGUCCGUGGGGAGGGCUACAAUCAGAUCAAGCAUACUGCUCAAGCUUUUGAGGUCGAUGUGAUUAUCGUUUUGGAUCAAGAGCGAGUGUAUAACGAUCUUGUACGUGACAUGCCCUCUUUUGUGAAGGUGAUUUGGCUCCCUAAGUCUGGGGGCGUGGUCGAGCGAUCCACUGAACAACGUCAAAUUGCCCGAGAUCAAAGGGUAAAACAGUAUUUCUACGGUCCUACGGGCAACCUCUUUCCGCACUCCUUUGAGGUUCGAUUCUCGGAGCUGAAGGAAAAGAUCUACAAGAUUGGAGCGCCCGCCUUGCCGGACAGUUGCAUGCCAUUGGGGAUGAAAUCUGAGGACAACCAGACCAAAUUAGUGGCUGUUCAGUUGACCACACGAGAUCUCCUGAACCACGUGGUCUCGGUCUCCUUUGCUUCGGCCACGGAAGAUCUUAUCAUGACCAACAUUGCUGGGUUCAUUUGCAUCACGGAUGUCAACAUGGACGAACAAAAAGUGACGAUUCUGUCGCCUCAACCUCGACCUCUGCCGGACACAUUGCUCCUCUUGUCCGACAUUCAGUACGUGGAUUCGUCCUGAUUAGAUUAUUAAAUAAAACGCGUACCCAUGAAUCAUGUUAUUGGUGUAUUUGACAAAUGAAUAACAAGCCUAUUUUGACCUGUG